ACCACGUGACCGUACUCUAUAUAAGGAGAAGCGCGGUGCCUGCUGGUUCGUAGCCUCACUGGUAUCUCUGUUUGCGGACGCUGUAAUAAUGGCGUCGACGAGUCGUGUGGAACCAAGAGUCACUUGUCCAAAUCAUCCUGAAGCCAUAUUGGUAGAAGAUUAUAGAGCAGGAGACAUGAUCUGCUCGGAGUGUGGGUUAGUUGUAGGUGACCGAGUUAUUGAUGUUGGCUCUGAAUGGCGAACUUUUAGUAAUGACAAAGCUACCAAAGAUCCAUCUCGAGUCGGAGAUACACAGAAUCCUUUGUUAAGUGGUGGAGACCUGACAACAAUGAUUGGAAAGGGAACAGGGGCGGCCAGUUUUGAUGAGUUUGGUAACUCGAAGUACCAGAACCGCAGGACGAUGAGCAGCUCAGACAGAGCCAUGAUGAACGCAUUCAAGGAAAUUACGACCAUGGCAGACAGAAUAAACCUCCCACGUAAUAUCAUUGAUCGGACUAAUAAUUUAUUUAAGCAAGUAUAUGAACAGAAAAGCCUGAAAGGGAGAGCUAACGAUGCCAUAGCGUCUGCCUGCCUUUACAUUGCAUGUAGACAAGAAGGUGUACCUCGGACAUUUAAAGAAAUCUGUGCUGUCUCGCGAAUCUCCAAGAAAGAAAUUGGCAGAUGUUUUAAGCUGAUCUUGAAAGCUUUGGAAACAAAUGUGGAUUUGAUUACCACUGGAGACUUCAUGUCCAGGUUCUGUUCAAACCUGGGUCUAACCAAACAAGUGCAGAUGGCAGCUACUUACAUUGCACGCAAAGCUGUAGAGCUGGACUUGGUCCCUGGAAGGAGUCCCAUAUCGGUGGCAGCUGCUGCUAUUUACAUGGCUUCACAAGCAUCUGCUGAAAAGAGAACACAGAAAGAAAUCGGUGACAUUGCAGGAGUAGCUGAUGUAACCAUCAGACAGUCCUAUAGACUUAUCUACCCACGGGCUCCAGACCUGUUCCCGGCAGACUUCAAGUUUGACACACCUGUUGACAAGUUGCCACAGUUAUAAACGGACUGCUGACUGUUGUGGAAUACUUGACCUUUUGAUCCCAGUCUUUAAGUGUUGAUACUGAGCCUUGAAAUUCAGUUGGAGAAAUUUGCAAGUUUGUGAUAAAACAUUCCGAAACUAGCAUUUUGUAUGUGUGUAUAUAUCAUAGCGGGUUAAAUAUUUAAGAUUUCAACAAUGGUGUUUUUCUUUUUUUUGCAGACUUUGUAUAUUAGCAAAUAUUUAACAGCUAAUUAAAAAAAAAAAAAAAAAAAAAUUCCAAAAGCUUUUUCUCACAUUUACAACCUCUGUUGUAUGACCACUAAAUACGGCAUACGGUGUACCGAACAAUUCAGGAAGGAGAUUGUUAUGGUGAAAUGCAACGCUGUAUUUGAUCUAGACCUUUUUACUAUACUUUGUCAAGUUUACAGUGAACUUAUUUUAAUGCAUUUUUUCUAAUAUAUACUUUUCCUUAA